AUGGGGACCGGGCGAGUGGGUGGCCGCCCCCUGGCCUCCUCGGGACACGAUCAGACGAAACGAGAGGCGGUAAUGUCGCGUAUUUGCGUAUCUCUGCGGUCUAGACGGCGUGUCUUCAGCAUAGAGACUUGCCCAGACAGUAUCUUGAGGUCACUGUCUCGCUCUGGCGUGAGUCCUGUCGAGGCCGUGGACUGGGGGGAUGGAGUAGAAGAAGAAGCGCAGAAGAGCCGGAGAAAAAAAGUCGAUGCAAGUCAGGUGAGGCCGUCAUGCAACCGCGCGGGUAGAGCAAAAAGGAUACGACUAUCACCAAGACAAGAAAGCUACCAGCCGUGCUCCGUAAACGAAGGUGGAGAUGUAGAUGUCGAAGUUGUCGACGUUGAGGUUGAGGUCGGAGAUGAAGGCGAAGUCGAAGUUGAAGUCGUCGAGAUGUCUUAA